AUUUAGUUGUAGAGUUUGAAUAGAAGAGAGAACUGACUGACGAAUGGAGCACAUAACAAACGCAGCAUCGUCAGAUGCCUACACCAGCAGUGUGCAGAAUGCUCUCAGCGUCCUCACUACUCUGCAUAUCACCAGCUACAUGUGGAUGCCGGAAACCGACGUCAAAGAUAGUGCUGAUGCUGAGUAUGAGUACAUAGUGGUGGGAGCUGGCACGGCAGGCGCUAUCGUGGCUGGCAGACUGGCACAGAGCCAGGCCAGGGUCCUUCUGAUAGAAGCUGGCGGUGAUCCUCCUAUAGAAACCAUUUAUGCUGGCCUUGCCCUGUACGCGAGGUGGUCAGAAAUUGACUACAACUUCACAGUACACACCCAACCUUACAAUCAACAAUGUCGAGAGGAACCCUACUUCACACUGCAUGCUGGUAAGGUACUAGGUGGAACAAGUUCAACCAAUACUAUGCUGUAUGCAAGAGGAAACAAACAAGACUUCCAGCGUUGGGUAACAGCGAGUAAUGAUGACAGCUGGUCCUGGGAAAAUGUAUUAAAAUACUUCAAGCGAACAGAAAAGAUGGAAGAUCCAGCUAUAUUAAAUUCACCUUAUAGACAAUAUCACGGUUUAGAUGGACCUCUUAUAGUAACGAGAGAAAAUCGAAGUAGGGUGGUGGCUUACCCUAACUUAGUUCAGCAACUAGGAGGUAAAGUUAUACUCGAUCUGAAUAGCAACGAAACCCUUGGAUAUUCGAGAGCACAAUACACGUUAAAAGACUAUCGACAGAGCACUGCCACAGCAUUCUUAAAGGCUUCUGAUACCUCUCCUUAUUUGCAUCUUCUAAAAAACACAGAAGUCACCAAAAUCAUUUUUGAUGACAACAAUCGCGCUGUUGGUGUAAAAGCUAAGAGAAACAAUAAAAUGUAUAAUUUUAAUGCAAGUAAAGAAGUUAUAUUAUCAGCUGGUGUAAUUAACUCGCCUAAGUUGCUUAUGUUGUCCGGUAUUGGACCCAAAGAACAUCUUGAAUGCAAAGGCAUAGAAGUCAAAGUUAAUUUACCAGUGGGUAAAAACUAUCAUGAUCACGUUGGAGUUAUGAUUGCCCAUAGGUUGAGAAAAAGCAAUGAAAGUGCGAUGGAUGUCGAUGUCCGUGUAUAUCCGACUAUUCCUAUCAUAGCUUAUGUUGCCAUAAAUGAAUCAAACAAGUAUCCUGACUAUGUAUUAACAGGUUUCUUCAUCUACGGUGAUGAUGCUGCUAAACUGCCUUUACAAGAAAACGCCUUCAUUGACCGAUACUGCUCCUGUAUUCGAAACACUCUCUAUAGGGAGUCUAAAGGAUACAAUGUGCUUUAUUCAUUUAUUGAUAACCCAAUGCCUAAAUCGCGAGGUACAGUUACUUUAAGAAGUUCCCACUACAAAGAUCAGCCAAUUAUUGAUGGCGAAUUUUUUACAGUCGAAGAUGACUUAGAAAAUCAUAUUGAUUACUUACAGCGAUACAUUAAGGUCCAGGAUACUGAAGCGUUCCAGAGCAUUGGAGCAAAAUUCCUAAAUCCUGUAGAAAAGAAGUGUGGUAGGUAUGAGAUGGGAAGCAGAAAGUUCUGGAGAUGUUACAUUAUGUGUAUGAUGUCGCCUCGCAACCACGCAGUCGGGACGUGCGCUAUGGGCUCGGUGGUAGACAGCAAGCUGAGGGUCCUCGGAGUACAGGGGCUGAGGGUAGCAGACGCGAGUAUUAUUCCUGUAAUACCUUCAGUGGGGACUUACGCUCCGACGAUGAUGAUUGGAGAAAAAGCAGCCAGCAUGAUAAUAGAAGAUAAUAUGUAAUUAGGUAUUAUUUUUUGAAUUAAAUAAAAU